AUGGCAGCUCCAGCGGCAGCAGCUGCACCCGACCGGGGCCCAGACCCGGUACUCUGGGAAAUCGUUGAGGCUGGGAAAGUGCUGAGUUCUGCACAGCCUGAGAAGCCACCGAAGCUAGGAGAAUGGUACGGGCGCCCUAACGGUGCAGAGUCAUGGGCAGCAACAGCAGCCGCGGAGUUCGUGGGGCGGGAGGGGCCCGAGCCGGCGCUCACUUGGCUGUGUUCGGAGCACCCCAGCCGGGUGAUCGAGCUGUUCUGCAGCCGCUGCCGGCGCUGCGUGUGCGCCCUGUGUCCGCUGCUGGGCUCUCACCGCAGCCAUCCCGUGCGCCUGGUCCAAGAAGAAGUGGUUUUGAAGCAGAAAUCCAUUCAAAAGUGUUUGAAGCAGCUAGCCUUGAAGAAGAAACAGGAAGUGGGCAACAUCAACCAACUAAAUGAAGCUGCUAAUAAUCUUAAGGAACAUUCUGAAGCUGCCAAAAGCUGGCUAACAGGAAAAUUUACUGAACUCCGGCUGUUACUUGAUGAAGAGGAAAUGGCUGCAAAGCAAUUCAUUGAUAAGAACACCCAAAAGACAUUUAGAACAUACGAUGAACAAGUGGAAUUGUGUCAAGAACGAAUUAACAUUAUAAAUAACCUUUCCAAGAAGGUCCAAAGAUUACAUGAACAGCAAGAUCCUAUUCAGUUGCUAAAGGAUUACACUGUAUCAGAAAAGGAAAUGAUGCGCCAAAUGAGCCCUGCAGAAUUAUGCCAUCCAGUACCUGUCACGUUCGAGCAUGAGAAAAACUAUUAUAGGAACUUAGCAAAAGAUGUUUGUACUACUCUGCAGGUGCCAUUGGAAGUUCGCCUUAAGGAAGAUAUCUGCAGCCAACCUUCUGAAUCUUCCAAGUCAAAAUCUGCUAAAUUGCUGAAAACGGUAUCCACACCUGAGCGGUCCCUCUUCUUAAAAUAUGCCAGAAUCCCAACCCUGGAGCCAGACACCAUGCAUCCCAGACUACGAUUGUCUGAUGACCGUUUGACAGUGACCUGUGUUUGGAUGGGCAAGAUCCAAUUAUGUAAUCCCCAGAGGUUUGAUAAACUGUGGCAAGUGCUGAGCCGGGACUCUUUCUUUUCUGGGAGUCAUUAUUGGGAGGUGGAUUUACUCAGCUCUGGGAUAGGAUGGUGGUUAGGAGUGGCCUAUCCUUCUAUUAAACGAAAGGGAAAUUCUGAAGCCAGUCGUUUGGGCUUUAAUAGACAAUCCUGGUGUUUAAAAAGAUUUGAUCUGGAAUACUGGGCAUUUCAUAAUGGAGAAAGGACACGAGUAACAGUAGAUCAGGAUCCUGAAAGGAUUGGAAUUUUCCUGGACUAUGAGGCAGGAAUUCUCUCUUUUUAUGACAUUACGUGUGGUAUGUCACACUUGCACACAUUUCGCUCCAGGUUCCAAGAACCACUUUAUCCAGCACUGAGACUAUGGGAAGGAUCAAUAACCAUACAUAAACUGCCAUAGAGCUCCUGCUAAUCCCAAGAGGUCCCCGUGUAUGUGGUGGAGGGUACAGGAAGGGACUUUUUUUGCAGACAUAAUGCUGGUACUAUGAUGAUAACAAUAAUAGCAAGCAUUUAUAGAGCUCUUUAAUGUUUGCAAAGUGGUUUAUAUAUUCAUUAUUUCAUUUGAACUUCACAUUAACCCAUUAACCACUUUAACCCCAGAUGUCAUUAUCCUGUUUUAGAGAUGAAGACAUUUAGGCUCAGUCACUUCCCCACGAUCACACAGCUAAAGUAUCAAAGGAGAAAUUUGAACCCAGGUCUUUCCAACUCCAAAUUCAGCAUGUUAAUCCCCUAUGCCUUCCUGAGAGGAGGGACCUCAGCCCUACUGGCUAUUUUCCAUCCCUCUAUUACCCUUCUUCCUUUUGUCCAAUCAAACAUAUGGUCCUC